CACACGUCUUAUGAAAAUUCACAGAUGUGCUGUGACUUUUCCACUUGUCUCUCCUCUGUGUUCUUGUGCAAAAAAAAAUCUCCACAUUUUGAUGGAUUAUAUAGUUGUUGAGGAUUUUCCAACAAAAUGGAAAGUCUCAGUGUAAAGUGUUGAAGGUGUUUUAAAACAAAUCUUUUCUCCUUAAUGCAAAUACAGUGAAUAUAGUGCUGAAGGACCUCUCUCUUUUUUUGCGUGAAAAAUUUUUGCACAAUUCUGGAUCAAUUUUUUCACCAUUCAUCCCCCUGAAUCACCCACCUACAGCCUACAGAAAAAACGGAAAUUUAUCUUCUUGAUGACGGAGAGAGGAUUUUGAAUGUCUAUUUGCCCACACUUGUGAUUUAUCUCCUUAAUAAAUGCUACACACAAAUCGACGAAAAGUGGUCCAUCGAAGAAAAUACACAACAUUAAAUGCUAUUUAAUAUAUUUUUCCUAUAAUUGUUACAUUUAAGUUCGUUGUAGUGGAUAAAAUAGCGUAAAAUAUAUUAUAUACAUUAUAAAAUAUUCCAAUUGCACACUGAAUAUAUAUUCAUACAUACAAAAAAGCUCCGUCCGUGAAGUGAGGGUAUACCUACCUAUAGUGGAGAGAAAAAAAGGAAGAAAAGGAGUACGAAAAGGCGAAUUACACUUUGCAAAAUCGAUAGAAUUUCACUGUGUGUGCCAAAAUAGGGAACAUUAGGAGAGUACGAGGAGAAGCAUAACAACAAAAAAGUCUAGCAUAAAUAUAAUAAAAUUCCCAACUUAUGGGAAGAGACUGAGUGUGUAAGUGUGUGUUUGUGCAGCAAAAAAAGAAGAAAAUAUUACUUGAUAUAUUCAAGCACAAAAUUGUACAAUUAAAAGUGAAAAUAUCCAAGUGAGGUUUGCCCAUUAAGAGAUUGCUUGUCGCGUCACGAUAUUCCAUACACAAUAUAUCGUAAUAUGUAUUUUAUUUUACUUACAUUACCAUGAGCAAUUAGACCAAAUAUAGUAUCGCAUUUCAUAUUAUAUUCGUUUGGACGUCAUUCCGCAUACACUCCGGCUAAUAUACGAAUGAAGUGCAAACAGUCGUCCGGAAUAUUAUAGACACACCGGAAAUUCUCCCCUCACAAGCAAUUCGCUCCUCCAUUUCGCAUAUCUACACACUACUGGUGUGUUACCUACUCAACUCCUCCAGCGAGGGGAGGCGCGGUGGCACGAGGACGUGGGCUGGUUGUGUUGGAGAGUGUUAAUGAGAUUCCAUCUGAAGUCGUGCAUGAAGGUAGAUGAGCUUAUCAUAUUAAUACCAAAAAGAGGAGGAACACAAUUUCCUAUUGACACCCCCCACUGCGCGCGUGAGAUUGCCAAAGCACGGAGGGAGUGAGAAAAAUUAUUAUCACCACGAAGGGAGGAAAAAAAAAGAAUUGAGAUUCAGUAAUAGAUUUUUUUUGCCUUCGAAUUCCACGGGCGCGCACACCUGCGGUGGUUAAUUUAGCCCCUCUCUAGCCCGGAGGAACGCCACGGGAGAUCCUGGAAAAUUGCGUCUACAGAAUGAUGCCAAAGACAUUCACAACAAUAUCCGACGAGCAUCUUUCGAGCGCACUCAGUAAAUCCCUGAAUCCAUCGAAAUUGCAAUUGUUGAUGGACAAAAUUGGCAAUGAGGUGACGGAAGCAUCUCACAAUACAAUUUAUGUCCCAUUGAAAAACGUUCAGGUGAAAUUGAAUCGAAACACUGUUAGUAUCAACAACGAAAAUUUGGACGUGGAAUUGUUGCAACUCUUGUAUCAGUCCUACUAUAAUAGUAAAUUCAGCAAGCUGGCUCAGAAACCGCCCAAGGAGCGUUUGCGCGUCACCUACUUCGAUGACUUUAAUCUCUUCCGGAGGGAGUCGGGGGAGGUACCACCCACCAGUGUGGGGGUAACACCAACUCUCGCCACCGCCGCCACCGAUGCCCGUGUGACAGCUGCAUCGUGCAAUGAGUUGUUCUUUAGCAAUCGCGGUGAACGUGUGUACCCCACAGAACCCGACUGGAGAACAUCGCGCCCAAAGCACACCUACGUGGCCAGUAGUGAUGAGUACAUCGAGCGCGUCACACCGGUGAGCAGUGGUGUCAUACAGCAGCUACCUGUGAACCAUCCCAGUGCAUCUACCGCCGGCCCACGGAGCGAUGGGCAGCACAAAAUGAGCCAGGCAGCUUCUUCCUCGACUCCUACAUCAAUACGACGUGUUGAGGAGAUCAGUACCCAAACGACAAUGACGGUGGCAACAGCAUUGGAAAAUGUGGAAACCAAUUGUGGUGACUUGGUGUCUGGGAGUACUGUGAAAGUCCAUCUAGAACGUACAAAGGAUACAUCGUUUGGGAUAUGCAUUGUUGGUGGUCAGGUGAAUCUCUCAGGCAACAACAAAAUCGUUGGAGUAUUCAUCAAAAACAUCAUCCCCGAUAGUCCAGCCGACAGGUGUAGCCUCUUGAAAAUUGGAGAUCGCAUUUUGGCUGUGGAUGAAGUAAAUCUACGUGAUGCUUCGCAUCAAUUUGCCGUGAGUGUGAUCAAAAACGCUGGCCUAUCGAUUAAUUUACUCAUCGAGCGCUUCAACAAAUGGCAAAAUGAUAUAUUCAACGUCUGCGACGGUGAUGACAAAUCUGUAGCACUGGAGAAGCGUCAACCACCACCUGUGACACCGUCCAGAACACCUGAUUUAGUCGUGGUGCAAGGGUCCAAUUCAGCUGAUGAAAAAGCAACUGAGGAAAAUGAUGAGAAGCCCGUUGAAAAUGCAGAAACAAUAAAGAAUUCAAAUGAUGUUGAGAAAAAAGAUGCAAAAAAUGAUGACGAAUCAUCUGGAAGUAGCGAUGAGGAUAGUCGUGAUAUGUCUGGUAGAGUUUUAACAAAAGCCGGCAUGGAGAAGAAAAUUGCAAUUGCUACACCAACGAUCGACAGAGCAUCAGCUGGCAAUGUAAAGUUGAAUAAGAAUGAAAUGGCAAAGGGGGAUGAGGUGGAAGAUGAGUUUGGCUACACAUCGUUUAAAUUGAAAAAGAGAUAUGGCGCAUUGGGAACGGUGAUUCAGCAUGAAAUGAAGAAAACGGAAAAGGGGAGCAUGGGGAUUUCAUUGGCUGGACACAGGGACCGCAAUAAGAUGGCUUGCUUCAUUGCAGGCAUUAAUCCAAAGGGGUUGGCAGCUCAAUCGGAUUUAAAAGUUGGCGAUGAAAUUCUCGAGGUAAAUGGAAUAGUUCUCCAUGGACGGAGUCACCUAAAUGCAUCGGCAAUCAUAAAAUCCCUCCCUGGUCCAAUUGUAAAGUUCAUUCUACUGCGAAAGGAGAAGAACCUCGAGGAUUUAGCAGUGCGGCCAGUGACACAGUUCCCGAUAAAUCUCGACACGGAGGCCGAGAGUAUUGUGGCGAAUUUUAAGAAUGCCAAAACCAUCACAAUGCAGAAAACUGGCCACAGUCUCGGUAUCAUGAUAAUCGAGGGCAAGCACUCGGAUGUGGGUCAAGGAAUCUUCGUGUCAGACAUCCAAGAGGGCUCAACGGCAGAACGUGCUGGACUGUGUAUCGGUGAUAUGAUACUAUCUGUGAAUAGUGACUCUCUACUUGGGUGCAAUUACGAAACUGCAGCUGGUUUGCUCAAGAAAACCGAAGGAUUGGUCACACUGAAGAUUUGCAAUCCGAACCGGAAGGAGGAACGUCGCGAUGGUAGUAUUGCGAGUGAAUCACGGAAAUCCCUGGAUCGACCACGCGAGGACGAUGGGAAGCUCAUAAGUCAGCCCGUAACACCGAAAUCCCACAAAUCCGCAAAGGAUAUGGCACCGGAGAUUGCGAAAGAAAUCACCGCAAAUCGUGAGUCAAUUAUUGAAAUCGACGCCGAAAAGAAGCCACUUGGCCUCCAUGUGGUCGGUGGAUGUGAUACCAUUGUGAAGAAUGGAGCUGUGAUUGUUCAAAUCUAUCCGGGUGGUGCAAUUGCCAAGGAUGGCCGCCUCAAGGUGUUUGAUCAAAUUCUCGAGGUGAAUGGGAUAAAGUUGACACCGGAAAAAAAUGCCGAAGCCUUCAAGAAGGUAUUAGUACAAUCCUACGAUAAGAUGACUGUGAGUGUUUGGCGUGCGGACCCAAUUGAUGUGCAAACUUUCGAAGUGGACCUGAUAAAGAAGAGUGGCAAGGAUCUUGGGAUUCAAUUCGCAGAACACAAUGGCCAUGGGCUCGUGAUAUCCUUAAUCCUUCCGGGAGGAUUAGCUGAAGCUGAUGGGAGACUACUGAAGGGUGACACUGUUUGUGGGGUAAAUGGGGAAUCCCUGGCUAAUCAACCGUACGAUGUUUGUGUGAUUCUUCUAAAAGUAUGUCAAGGAAAGACCAAUUUAAAAAUUCUGCGACCAGCACCAAAGAAACGUUGAAAAUUUUAUCCUUACAAAAAAACCAAUGUGUAGCAUCCAAUGCAUCUUAGAGAGUAUAUAAUAAGAAAACAAGUAGAGAAAAUUAUAUAAAACAAAAUUGCAUGCAAAGCUGAGGGGAGCUACUGCUUAAGGAACAAUGUGGAAAUGCUCCUCCUCCUUCUUCUAAACUAAGGACUUUAAUCCUAUAUAAAAGUGGAAUCUUUUCUUUUACUUUCACACCAUUCUCUGUGACUCUCCUUAUCUGCAGAAAGCUUUUAUGAAACCCUUUUGAAGACAGUCACAACCCACAGGAGAUUUAGAGAGUUUAGAGAAAUAAAACUUAAUUUGUUAAACUUUCCUAAAAAUUAAAAAUUCUUCACUAUAUAAAAACUCAAAAAUUAAGCCAUCAAGGACUAAGGGAAUUAACAGAAAUUUGUCUUGGUAGAAAAUUAAACAAACGAAGGACAUUCUUCUCCUUCUGAGACUUCAGCAGUAGCUCCCUUUCAGGGAGAAAGUGAAUCUAAUUAAUACAUGUAUGACACUUAUGCCAAAUUUUUAAAACAAAAUUAUAUCUUUGACAAAAGUAUAAAAAAAUUACAUAUUGAAAGUCAAAUUAUUAGCCAAAAAAAAUCUAAUAUACCAAUUAAAAAAAAUCACAGAAAUUUCCCUGAAAAAUAAAUUAGAUAAGUAAAAAUAUUUUUAUUAAGGAAUCGCUCCAUUUUUGUUUAGAAAGUUCCAAGUCUGUUGAAGAUUUAUUAUAAUUUUGUAUUUUUAUGGUUUUUUCACCUUUUCAGUAUUCAAUUUUUAUUCUAAUCUGUAUUUUAUUUAAGAGACUGAGGCUAUAAACUAACUACUAACCUAAGUACGUUAUAUUAGAAAGGAUAUUACCGAUAUUUUAUUAAAUUUAAUUUAAAAGUUGAUACAAGCGACGAGUUUUAUCAAAGAAGAUUUUAAAAUUUCUUUUAGGUUCUUUUUCUUUAAGUUCUUUAAAUAAAAUUCCUUAAAUGGAAUUUAAUUCUGUCUAUUUUUUAAGAUUUAAAAAAUAUUUGUAAAAUUUAGAUAUUUAGACUACUUUUGUCUCUUUAAUUUAAUUAUUUUGUUCCUGCCUUAGCAGCUUUAAUUAAAACCGAUCUAGAAUUUGAUUAAGGGCCCUAUUUUCCUUCUCUUGCCCAGAAUUUUAAGAACAAAAUAUAAUGAUCCUUAUUAAUCAUUUACUUAGAAUUCAUUUAAAAUGAAAGAUUUUUCAACGUUCAACUCGUAUUAGGUCUAAAGCUUAUGACGAGGCUUUAAAAAUAAAGAUUUUGCUCUAGAGAUAAUUUAUUUAAUUUUAUUUUUUAAAUAAAUAGAGAAAUCUUACUCAAAAAAAAAAUAAUAGAAAAAUAUCUUUGGAGUUAAAGAUUAAAAUCCUUCUUGGAACUUUCUAAAUUAAAAAAGGAGAGCUUCCGCUCAAAUGAGGAAAGUUUUCCUUUAGUUUUUUCUUUCUUCUCCAAAAUGGGAAAUGAGAUGAUAAAAAAUAUUUAAAAGAAAAAAAUCAUUGUUAGGAUCUUUCAAUUUUUAAUUAAUAAGAUGAAUAAAUUAUAAAUAAUGAGAAAAUGAAAAAAAUUCAUUAGCCAUAAAUGAGAACUUUAGCAAAAUGUGCAUUUUAAAGGAGUCCAAAGUUAAGGAAUAAAACUUCUAAAAAAAAAACUUAUGUCAAAGGAAAUCUGAAUUUUUGAACUAAGAAAUUUCUAUGUGAAUUAUAUUAUUGAAAUUAUUAUGAAGAGACAUGAAUUAUAUUUCAGAUAAAAAAAAAGAUGAGAAAAACUAGCCAAAAAUUAAUUAUAUACCAUAUAUAUUAAAUAUCACUUAUUAACAUAAUUUUAUGAUUGUAUUAUUGAAAUUAAAUAGCAAGUACAACAAUCCAAUAUAUAGAAAAAGUUAAA